AUGACAAUCAGCUGUUUGAGAGCCGAAAGAGUCGACUCGUGUUGUGGCAUUUCUGCUGUUUUGAACCCACCACAGGAGGCUGCCAUUGAUUUCAAGUCCCUCCGGGCUAAGUUUCAGGAGGGGAGCCAGCUGAAAGAUAGGCCUGUAGUUCUGGAAAAACCAAAACGCUUUCUACCUACAGCAAGUCGUGCCGGUUCUGUAACUGUUUCCUCUGUGGAGGACAAAAAUCCUGCCAUUCCACACUUUAACUUAAGAGAUGAUCAAAAGAUGCUAUCAGGCAAAUGGCCCAGUGCUAUGGCGUCUUGUUUUUUCCCACCUGCCGCUAAUGGCGUUGGAAGUGGUGUUGCUAGACGCUCGCUCAAAGAUCGUCACUUGCCCCUUGUGCUGCCUGCGUCCUCUACCGCCUCUUCUAACCAUCCAAAGCAGGAGGCCACUGCUUCCUCCAAGCUGGUCACGUCACCAAUCAAGUGCAAGAAGAAGGCCAUGCCGACGCCGUUCAGGCCCGCUAAGUUUUCCAAGUCCAUUAAAGACAUUCUGGAAAAUGCAGAACAUCCUGAAAGCAGCAAGCCACAGUCUGAACAUUACACCGUGGGGAACGGAUUUAGCCACCACAACAGGGGAUCAGACCCGGGGUCUUCCUGUCCGAGCCCAGAUCAGCCAUCAACACCAUCGCCGACAGCCGAAGAUCCAUCCAAUGGGGGUAGCGUUCCUCACGUCCUCAGCACUCUGGAGAGAGCCAAGAAAAGGUUCUCGCCCAAGAACCUUCUAGUCUAUACCCGACCCAAGAGCUUCUACUCCAGUAAAGGACCGACAGAGAGCCCUCCUCCUCCUGUGGAGUAUGAAAACCUUCAGUGUGAUGAUGAAUCUUCGUCUCUGCGGUCAGGAUAUCGACCUGCUAACUCGCCAACCCUCACUGCCCGAAAUCUACCACAAGCCAAUGGUAUAAACCAUCCCCUACCAGACAUUACAUCGCUGUGUCCCUUACCCGUGAAACCGAUGAGACCACCACAUGUCGAUUUGAGUGCUUACAGGACCCAUAAGCGGGAAAAUACAACUGAAGAAGCCACCAUGAGUAAGUUGUUGAUCUACCUGGGUCCUGGUUCAGGCGGUAUAGCUGCUGAAGAUGUGGCUGCUGAGAAUACUCCAAUACUUCCUCCUCCUCAGUUUGACGCUCCUCACUUCCUAGAUUUUGCCAGUUCUGUAUUAGAAGCGUUAAACACCAAUGUAAUAAAUCUCACUGCGCUGGAGAUGGAGGCUACAGACUUUAGUGCCCCACCACCAGGGCCUGACGAGGCGAGUGAUGGCAAUCUUCAGAACGAUGUGAUCCAGAAGUAUGUCACAGGUCCCGCAGAACCUGGUAAUGAUGGUAAUCUGCAGGGAACCAGUUUAGGGUAUGGGGCUGAUUCACGAUCAAUCGCAGCACUCGAAGCUCAGCUCUUGGAAGCUGUGACUGGCGAGAUCUCGAUGACCUGUCCUCAGAACAUACUGACCGAUUCCUUCAUCAGCAGUGAACUUCCAUCUGAACCAAGCAUCAACCAGCGGGACGAUAAUUACGAAGUCUGUGACAAUGUCUACGAAGAGGUGGAGUCAAUCAGCAAAUUCAGUUUUGGGCAAAACUCACGCAAACGGAAAGGCGCUCCAAAGAAUCCCUAUGCCGAGUCCCCUGGGAAGGAGGAAACACGCAAGAGUGUAUGGCAUGCUGCACAGUGGUAUGAAGCAUUUGUUGCCGUGAUUGUGUCUCUAGAAAUCUAUCGAUCUAACAGUCGGAUGUACUUUAACUGUUCUGUUUUUAGCCGACCCUUAUUUAAAAAUUGUAUCUCAUUCACCCACAGGACGGGUAUGAAUUCUGAGCCCAGUGUUGUGACUCCUGCUGUCUGGGACAGUGCUGCAUCUGUCAGGAAGGAGCGCUCGAGCCCCGACCACCACGAAGAGAAAGAGGCGCGGAAGAGAGAGAAGCAGCGUCUGGAGCGAGAGAAGAAGGAGCAGAAAGAGAAGGAGAAAAAGGAAAAUGAGAUGAAAAAGAAGUUUAAAAUCACCGGACAGGAGGAGCCCAUGUAUCAUGCUCGCGUGCUGCUGGACAGCAAACUGCGCAAACAUGACCUGCAGGUGAAGACCGGAGACACGGUCAGCAUCAUCCGCACCACCAACUGCCCCAAGGGCAAAUGGCUUGCCAGAGACUCGCAGAACAAGUAUGGCUAUAUUUCAGUGAUGAAUGUGGAGUUGAAUAUGAAGGAGAUGUUGGAGUUGGGGAAACGAGCCUCUCAAGCUAUCGGGAGAGGGCACAUCGAGGGCGACACACUCAGUCUCAGUAGCAGGUCUUCACAUUACAACCCGAUUCUCACAAGCAGCUUCACUGAUGACAGUGAGGAGUGGACCGGCGAGGAUGAAACCCGGUCUCAUUUAUCAGAGAACAUGUGUCCAAACAGAGCGGUCUCGAUGCCCGAGAUGUGUGAGUUGUGUCUUUCUUUUUCUGCUCGGAGUUGUUUCCUUGCUAUGAUCUGUCUGUGCACUCUUAAAUAAUCAUCGUGUUCUCACCCGUUUUUGUUCUAGUUAAUGCUUUUCCCACUAAUCAUCAUGCUCAGAGUGCCGACUGCGUGGAAGACGUCCCCUCACAGUAAGCUUACUGAAUUAUUAAAUCAUGCUGCACUGAAUCAUGGACUUUACAGAGAACUAGUGGGCAGGUGGAAGCAUUUUUAAUCAGCAGGUUGGGUUUUAAUAAAGCAUGUGCACAGGUAUUUGAAUGCUGAAAUCAUUAUUUUGGUAGGGCAGCGUGGGGGUGAAGCGGGGUAGCGUUGCUGUCUCGCAGCUCAAGUGUCCCAAGUUCAGUUGUGAGGUUGGGUUACUUCCAUGUGGAGUUUACCCACUUCGUCUUCUCUGUGACUUUUUUUUUUUUUUCCCCUCUGGGUUCCCCGGUUUCCUCCUACCUAGGGUGGGUGCGAUGUGACAAAAAUGUAUCACAAUACUUGGACGUUUCUACGAUACACAAUGUGUAUCACUAUAUAUAAUAUAGCUAACAAACUGUCUUCAAAACAGUAGUAAAAUACAAUAAAAUAAUGUUAAACUGAGUUUUGAUGGUACUUUUGUUUAAUGCCUAUAAAGACAAUGAUUAAGUUUUUUUUUUAUUUAUUUAAAUUGUCCAAUCAAUGAUCUCCAUUCAGUACCAUUUUAAUUUGCAUUGAUUAAAAAGGAAAAAAUGACAUCACCAUACCAACAAUAUCUCAAAAAUCUAUCGCGUAAUGAUUUUAUCACACUAUCGAUAUUAUAUCGUUAGAUCACCCACCUUGCUCGUACCUCCAAAAAAACAUGGCAGGAAGUGGAUUAGCAAUGCUACGUUCACAGGCCCAAGCCUGUUCCAGCAUGACAAUGCCCCUGUGCGCAAAGCGAGCUCCGUGAAGACAUGGCUUCCCAAGGCUGGAGUAGAAAAUCUUGAGGGUCCGGCACAGAGCCCUGACCUCAACCCCACUGAACACUUCUGGGAUGAUCUGGAACGCCGACUGCACCCCAGACCUCCUCACGCAACAUCAGUACCUGACCUCACUAAUGCUCAAAGCCCCACGUCCACACUCUUAAAAUGCAGUGGAAAGCAUUCCCAGAAGAGUGACGGAUAUUAUAACAGCAAAGUUAAUGGAACGGGAUGUUCGGAAAACGCGCGUUGGUGUAAUGGUGAAACUUUUGUUCUUAUAGUGUAACCGUCCAGGCUGUCAGAUUAUCAGAAGUGUACACGGUCACUGUGAUCACGUAAUUCAAUUAUAUUUUCACUCCAAGUCUCUUGGCAGAAGUUUUGUGAAGUUUGGA